AAAAAAAAGAAGAAGAAGAAGAAGCCAUGAAGGCCUGCAGAGCAGGGUUGCUCCAAGGAGUCAAUGCAGAGAGAGAAGGCUAGUUGUCGGGCGGCUGACAUGGAGAGUGGCACACAGUAGGUGUCCUCUGACUUGGGAACGUAUGGGUAGGAGAACAUGGGAGUAGGCUACCCCCGCCUCCAGAAGACCUGACUGUCCUAGGCUUCGCUGGCCCAAGGCUGCGGCUGAUGGGGAGCCUCAGUUCAGAGUGAUAAUCCUGAGUCAUGUCCAAACCCUUACUCUGCGCUAAACUCUUGGAGGGUGCUGGAUGCUGUGUAAGGGGGCCUGUGGCCUCCUCACCACAGUACGGACAGCUGAAGGGUCGCCAGCUCCAGUUUAGAAGUGGGAAACUGAGGCUCAGCCAAAGUCAGGGACUUGCUUCAAACAUCUGGGGGAGUAGUGGGGGAAUGGCUCUGCCCAGAUGGAUGUCCUUCCCACAUCAGUCACUAGAGGGCGCUAAUGCUCACCAUAAACAGAGCUAAGAGGGUAAGAAUUGUGAGACCCCAGGUGCUGCACCCUGCUGGGAGUAGAAAGUAGACCCCCAGGCCUGAAAGAAAGAGAGGAGAAAAGGGGAGCUGGAGGUGGGGGCUUGAGGACCCCUGGGGCUUUUCCCACUGGGGGAGCCCCAUUCUCCAGCUCACCCCUUUGAAUCUACCUGUCUAGUCUCUCUCCUCAGCGUGCGUCUGUCUGUCUGCCCUGGAUCUCUUGUGUCUGUUUUGUGUCUCUCUCUGCAUCUUCCUCUCUCACUCUCUCUCCGUACACGGAUUUCUCUCCGUGAUUCUUUCUCUGUGCUGUGUGUGCGUGUCUGGCUCGGUGUGUCUCUGUUCUUUCUGCCUCGGCUUCAUCUCUCUGAGUAUGUCUCUGCCUUCACAGUUUGUCUUGUUAUGUCUCUCCCUCUCUGUGUCUUUCUCUCUGGUUUUCACGGGCUCUGUCUUUUUUUGUUUCUCUGUCUCUGUCUCGCUCAGUUGCCUGUCCUGUCCCUCGCAGCCACCACCACCCAGCACAUGGGGGCUCUGGAUCUCGGUCCCUUCCCUCCUAUCUCCUCUCCCCAGGCAGCAGGCUCACAAGCUUCCCAGUCCUGGCCUCCCUGCCCGCCCCUCUCAGGCCUGCGGGGAAGGGGGGCAAGGGAGGAAGGGAGGGCAGCCCGGUGGGCCCACCCCUUUUUGCCUUUCCAGGCUGGGAGGCUGGGCCAGUGGGCCUUUUAACAGGCCCCGGGCAGGCUGUGCCGGGCGGACACCAGCUCCAGACGCCGGGUGCCUGGCCCCUCCGUGGUCCCAGCAGCCGCCAGCCCGGCCAGCCCGGCCAGCCCGGCCCAGCAUGCAGCAGCAACAGUCCCUACCCGGGCCCUUGGCCCCCGGGGCCGAGCCGACCAAGCCCCCCUACAGCUACAUAGCUCUGAUCGCCAUGGCCAUCCAGAGCUCCCCGGGUCAGCGGGCCACACUCAGUGGCAUUUACCGCUACAUCAUGGGCCGCUUCGCCUUCUACCGCCACAACCGGCCCGGCUGGCAGAAUAGCAUCCGCCACAACCUGUCGCUCAAUGAGUGCUUCGUCAAGGUGCCCCGCGAUGACCGCAAGCCGGGCAAGGGCAGCUACUGGACGCUGGACCCCGACUGCCACGACAUGUUUGAACACGGCAGCUUCCUGCGCCGACGCCGACGCUUCACCCGGCGAGCAGGUGCCGAGGGAACCAAGGGCCCUGCCAAGCCACGCCGUGGACCCCUCCGAGUGGGCAGCCAGGAUCCAGGAGCCCCCGACGCCUUGACUGGCAGGCAGUGCCCAUUCCCACCAGAGCUGCCAGAGCCCAAGGGCCUAAGCUUUGGGGGUCUGCUAGGGGCCUUGCCAGCUACCAUGUGCUCUGCAACCCCGGAUGCCGGGCCCCGGCCGCCCACAGAGCUCAAAGAGAUGCCUGCACCUAAGCCUGCAGGCCCGGGGGAGCUCCCUGUGGCCCCCUCGUCUUCCCCAUGCCCAGCGUUUGGCUUUCCUGUGGGCUUCUCUGAGGCCGAAGGUUUUAGCAAGACCCCCACGCCCAUCUUGACCCCAGAGGCGGGCAUCGGGGGCAGCUACCAGUGCCGGCUGCAGGCACUGAAUUUCUGCAUGGGGACCGAACCAGGCCUUGAGCACCUCUUGGCCUCAGCAGCCCCCUCUCCGGCACCACCCACCCCUCCAGCCUCACUGCGGGCCCCACUGCCCCUGCCAGCUGACCCCAAGGAACCUUGGGUCGCAGGCAGUUUCCCUGUCCAGGGAGGCUCCAGCUACCCACUAGGGCUGACCCCCUGCCUAUACCGGACACCAGGAAUGUUCUUCUUUGAGUGAAGUCAACGUGGCCUCGGGCAGUCCCUGCGGGGUCCCCCACCAACUACACCCUCCAGGCUGAGCCUGACUCAAGGAUCUGGGGAGCUUUCAAGGGACCCAGGCCUGGCAAGCCAACGAGCGGGACAGGAAGCCAAGAUUGGAGUAGUGAACACUCAGCCAGCCCCCGGGGCCUCCGGACAGACUUGAGGGAGAGGGGAGGCAGGGCCCUCUUGGGAUUUACUCUGUGGCUCUCAGGGCCAAUAAAACCAGUGUGACGAUGA